AUGCCGUCCACGUCCAAGACGCUGCACUUCCUGUCCAGUGCGCUGGCCACGUCCAUAUCGGUGGGCAUCCUGGGCUUUGCCAUGUCCUCGGAGUGGGCAACCAAGACCAUGGUCUGCGCCAGGGGGGGAAGCAGCUUCUUCAACGGUUCCGCUACCAUCAGGCUGGAGCUUUUUGACGCCAGGCUGGAGAGAGAUAUCUGCCCCCUGUUUGAACCGCCCGUGGACUUCCAAGUGGUUCCCAAGCUGAUAGAAACCAAGGGCGUCCCCGUGGUGCUGCACACCAUGUCCUUAUGUCUGCUGGUGUUGUGUCUGCUCUCCUCUGCCGUCAGCAUCCUGAUCUCGCUCUACAACAGCAUCAGUAACCCGUACGAGACCUACAUGGGGCCCGUUGGCGUCUACACCUGCAGCUCCAUCAGUGCCUGCUUCUCCUUCCUGGUCCUGGUCCUGUUUGUGGUGAACUUCCAAGCCACCACCAUAGCGGAGGAUCUGGUGAGGAGCUUUGCCGACAACGUCCCGGUGGACCUGAGGAUCACCUCGUCCAAGAUGCAGCUGGGCUACUACCUGCUCAUCCCGUACGCGGUGCUGUCGCUGCUCGCCGUGGCCCUCAUCUACAUUUACGACCACGCCGCCUACACCCAGCGGAGGGAGCAGCAGAGACCCACGGAGGACGCGCCCAAGGAGAUCAUGAUGUACUAA